CUUAGCCCACACUGACAACAUGCUGGUGACUCUCUGUGCUCUCAUCACUGCUCUAACAUGUGUGAGUGGUGUGACGGUACUGACACAGAAACCUGUUUUAUCAGUGAGGAAAGGAGAGACAGCCACCAUGGACUGUAACCUGGGGACUGUUACUAGCUAUGCUGCUGCCUGGCAUAAACAGAUUCCAGGAGGAAGUCCUCAGCAUGUGCUGAGGAUGUAUCAUAGUUGGAGUUCACCAUACUAUGGCUCUGGAUUCUCCUCUCCAAAAUUCACAUCCACUCAUCAGUCAACAUCAGAUUAUCGUUUGAUCAUCAAGAAUGUGGAGGAGGGAGACUCUGCAGUCUAUUACUGUCAGACAUGGGACGGCUCUGCUACCAGUGGGGUAUUCGGACAAGGCACCAAGCUGAUUGUGACAAGCUCCAGCCUCCCUCCUCCUGUCCUGACAGUCUUCCCUCCGUCCAGUGCUGAGCUCCGGUCCGACACAGCUUCUCUGGUCUGUCUGUCCAGUCAGUCUGUGCCUUUUGCAGAUGUGAGCUGGUUGGCUGCUGGGAGUCCAGUGAGCAGUGGGAUCUCUACUAGCACUGCUGUUCAGAGACCAGACCAGACUUACCAGAUCAGCAGCUCUCUGACCAUCCAGACAUCAGACUGGAACAUGGAUAAGGUUUAUACAUGUAAAGUGUCUUUGGGCUCACAGACUUCAGAGAAAAACAUCAAGAAGUCAGAAUGUCCCACUGAAUAGUCGAGGACCAGAAUGUGCAUUUAAAAUCUGCUUCUUUACCGCUUGUGCUGUUUGCUCAUUACAGUCUUUAUGUGUUAGAAAUCAGAAUAAAGCAAAAGGUUUAAAUCAUGUAUUCAUUUGCUGGUUUUUGACAAGUAUUUUCAGGAAUUUGUGUUUUGCAUUAAAUUAAUAAAAGCAUUGAUUUAAAAAAUGUGUUUUCUUGUGAGUAAAUGGGAAAAUGUGUCACUGUAUUAUAAAUAACAUAAGUUUAAGGUUAUUAAAAUGAACUGUUAAAUUUUGGAGAGGGGCACACCGAGGAAAAAAAACACUCAUAAGCACACCACUUUUUAAAAUAUCUUCUUCCCAUAGUUAAAACAUAAAUAUUUUCUGACAUACAUGCUAUGUAAUAUUUGAACACUAGAGAGCAUCAUUUAAUAAUUCUUCCUGAGUAACAGAGAGGGCAAGUGUCACUGGUUUAAAAUGUUGCAAAUGAAUCUUCACACUCAGUGAAGCAUAACCUGUCUGCUCUUCUGUUUUUUCAUGUCCAUGAUGCACCUGCAGGUCUUAUAACCUCAUGUAAAUGAAGUAUCAGCUCUCUGUAAAAUAAAAUGGAACUGCUG